AUGAUGAACAGAAUAGCAUCCCUUUUCUGAACUUUCUAAUUAAUGGAGGAAGCAUAUGUUAGUUCAUGAAUGUGGACUUGAUUUUUUUUUUUUCAAUUUUCAUUAGCAGAUAGCAAAAAAGGCAGCCAUAGCUGAAUAUCUGUGUGUUAGAAGUUAGAAGUGGGUAAUUUGUAUGGCUGGAGAGGCCGAAAAAGAGAGAGAUCUUCAGCAUACAGCAACAUGGGCAGUUGCUGCUGUUUGUGCUGUCAUUAUACUCAUCUCUAUUGUCCUUGAAAAGCUCCUCCACAAAGCCGGAACAUGGUUAACAGAUAGGCAUAAGAAAGCUCUCUAUGAGGCGUUGGAGAAGGUCAAAGCUGAGUUGAUGAUUCUUGGCUUCAUCUCUCUAACCCUUGUAUUCAGUCAAUAUUACAUUGCUGAAAUCUGCAUACCUCACGCUGCUGCUGAUAUCAUGCUUCCUUGCAAAGCGGUUAAGACUGAUAAGGAAGAAGAAGAGAGCCAUCGCAGGCGUUUGUCACUUCAACGCCGCGUUUUAGCUGGCAAAUCUUCUGAUAAAUGUGCUGAGAAGGGGCGUGUACCGCUUAUGACGGUGGAUGGACUGCAUCAAGUUCAUAUUCUUAUAUUCUUUUUAGCUGUCUUUCAUGUGAGCUACAGUGCCAUCACUAUGGCCCUCGGAAGACUUAAGAUUCGUGGCUGGAAAGGAUGGGAGCAGGAGACUUCUACCCACGACUAUGAGUUUUCUAAUGAUCCUUCAAGAUUCAGGCUUACUCACGAGACGUCUUUUGUGAGAGCACACACUAGUUUCUGGACCCGAAUACCUCUGUUUUUCUACAUUGGAUGCUUUUUCCGACAGUUCUUUAGGUCUGUUAGCAGAUCUGAUUACUUGACUUUACGCAAUGGGUUCAUUUCUGUUCAUUUGGCCCCUGGAAGCAAAUUCAACUUCCAAAAAUACAUCAAAAGGUCAUUAGAAGAUGAUUUUAAGACUGUUGUUGGAGUAAGUCCAGUUUUGUGGGGAUCAUUCGUUGUGUUCUUGCUCCUAAAUGUUCAUGGGUGGCAAGCACUGUUUUGGGCAUCCUUAAUUCCCGUGAUUAUAAUCUUAGCUGUCGGCACAAAGCUACAAGCUAUUUUGACAAAAAUGGCCCUUGAGAUAACAGAGAGACAUGCGGUAGUCCAGGGCAUACCUCUUGUUCAAGGCUCCGACAAAUAUUUUUGGUUCGGUCGGCCCCGGUUGGUGCUGCAUCUCAUACAUUUUACACUAUUUCAGAAUGCGUUCCAAGUGACAUACUUCUUGUGGAUUUGGUACGAGUUUGGGAUUGAUUCUUGCAUCCAUGACAAUCUCGGACUUGUGAUUGCCAAGAUGGGUGUAGGGGUGGCAGUCCUAUGUUUGUGCAGCUACAUCACACUUCCACUUUAUGCCCUCAUUGCUCAGAUGGGAUCUAACAUGAAGAAAACCAUCUUUGAUGAACAAAUGUCCAAUGCCCUCAAGAAGUGGCAUAUGGCGGUGAAGAAGAAGCAAGGGCGGGGAGGAAACACCCCUACGCGAAACUUAGGUGGGAAUGCGAGUCCAACGUCUUCCAUGGGAUCACCUUUCCACCCCACGGGCACGAUGCUUCAGCGAUUCAAGACCACUGGCCACUCAACUCGGGGAUUUAGUUAUGAAGAGCAUGAUGCAUCUGAUCUCGAGGAACCAUCCACACCUCCACCACCCACGGCCAGCUUAAUCAUACGGUCAAAUGAUCCUUUGGAUCACGACCACGACAAUGAUGGACACCAUCUUGAUGAUGACCAUGAUGGGGAUUUUGCUCUGAAUGGACAAGAAACGAGGAAUGAAGAUGACUUCUCGUUCGUGCGGCCCACACCCACCCAACAGUAACGUUGUUGAAUUUUUCUCAAGAUUUGCCCAUUGCUCUACUUGAUUCUCUACUUUAUUUUAUUUUGUUGUGAGUUCCAGAGCACUUGAAUCGUUUGCGCUCUGUUCUGCAUUAUCUUGGAAGCCCUAAACUCAUUCCUCCGAUGAACAAUGUAGACCUUGGUUAAAAAGUUUCCAUAGCAGAAUUGGGACCACCAAUAA